AAGCGACUAGAUACUUCCUGUUCGCUGUGUUGACAAAUGAAAGAGAGACAGCCAGAUGGAUUCAUAAUUUUACGAUAACUCCGAAGCUAACCCGAUUUAACUCAGGUUAGCUAUCUCAUGCCUUGGCAGGCACCGUAGAAGGUAGUUAGCGAACGAGCCUUGCAGCGGUAAUGGACGGGACUAGGCUGUUGUUCGUGUUGUUUGGGGGUUUGUUGGAGAUGUGUUGUGGUGUGUCGGCUAACAGAGGUGGAUCUCCUUCGUUUACUGAUGAAAUCCCGUUCAAAAUUAACUGGCCCGGGGCCGAAUUCACCCUGCCAACCUCAGGUGCCCUCUACAAAGAAGAUGACUUUGUCAUCAUGACAACAACAGAGAAGGAGAAAUACAAAUGUCUCCUGCCUUCCUUGUCAAAUGGAGAUGGCGAUGAUGACAAGGUGUACGCUGGUCCCACUCCAGGUGAUCUGCUGGACCCACUGUUCAAAGAGAGCAGCUGCUCCUACAGAAUCGAGUCAUACUGGACGUAUGAGGUGUGUCAUGGGAAACAUGUGAGACAAUACCAUGAGGAGAAGGAGACGGGACAGAUCAAAGUUCAGGAGUACGUCUUGGGAAGCAUGACCAAGACGACAGAGUCUUCAGCCACUUCAGGAACAGAGAUUGCAGAGGUAGAGAAAGUUGAGGAGAUGGAUCCUACGCCAGAAGCUGAGAAAGAGGUUCCUACUAAGAACGUGGAGGGCCAGCUGACUCCAUACUACCCGGUGUUGAUGGCCCACGGGACGGCGUGCAUCCUGAAACAGAACACGCCUCGCUCCACCAACGUGCUGUAUGUCUGCCACCCCGAAGCCAAGCACGAGAUCCUUUCUAUCGCUGAGGUCACUACCUGCGAGUACGAAGUAGUGGUGCUGACCCCUCUGAUCUGUGCACACCCCAAAUACAGGUUCAAGUCGUCCCCAGUGAAUGCCAUCUUCUGCCAGGCCAUGUCUGGUUCUCCCCUGCGGCCUCACAGUCUCUCUCAGAUGGACCGGGAGCAGGAGGAGCUGCUGAAACCUCCCUUCACUGCUGCUGCCCCGGAAAGAGAAGAGGAGAGUACGUCCCCCAUGAGAGAGGAGGCCUUCUCCUCUACCCAUAAGCCCCUCGUGGUGGGCGGGCAGACCCAGGUUACCGUGGGAACCACCCACAUCUCCCGUCUGACGGACGAGCAGCUGAUCAAAGAGUUCCUGAGUGGCUCCUACUGUCUCCAUGGGGGAGUAGGAUGGUGGAAGUAUGAGUUCUGCUAUGGGAAGCAUGUACAUCAGUACCAUGAGGAUAAGGAGCAGGGGAAGAACAUUGUGGUAGUGGGCAGUUGGAACGCUGAGGAACAUCUGCAGUGGGCUCAGAAGAACGUGGCCCGAUCCUACCAGUUCAAAGACGACGGGGUCCAGAAAGUCAAACUGGUGUCCCUCUUCUACGGCCAUGGGGACGUGUGUGACCUGACGGGGAAACCCAGACAGGUCAUCGUCAAGCUCAAGUGUAAGGAGUCUGAGUCUCCCCAUGCCGUCACUGUGUACAUGCUGGAGCCUCAGACCUGCCAGUAUGUCCUUGGGGUUGAGUCUCCAGUUAUAUGCCAGAUCCUGGACACAGCUGAUGAGAAAGGCCUUCUAUCCAUCUCCAGCUAACAGCACGGACAGAGGAGGCGAAAAGGAGGGAUGAGCAGAAAAAAUAAAGGACAGGGAUUUAGGCAAAGAUGUCCUGAAAUGGAAGACUGUAUGAACCAAGGCCCAUGGCACUACUCAGGAGGUCCAUACUGACAUGGACUUGGAGAGGAGCGUGUUGAUCCUGGAACAGCCCUUGGAACCCAGGACCACAGCCCCCCUCUUCCACCCUGGUUUAAACCUCCUAUGUACUGAAUCAACUCCAUGUUGCAUCAAAAACCUUAUGAUAAACCGGACAUUUGAUCUGAGUUGGAAAUGGGACCCUGUUCACUCCACAAGGCUCUAUGGACUGGACUUCAGAUCUUCCUCUUAGGGCAGGUUAGUUCUAGUGUUCUCUGGCCAAGAUGCCAGGACAGAACAACCAAUCAUUCAAACAUCAUCAUCAGGAGAACCAGCUUCCAUGUUGUAGUUGGUUUUAUCAGCUAUAAAAAAUAGAGUUGAACACUAUAUAUAAACUCCCAGUAAAUUAUUGGGUAUCACCAACAUUUCGGCAUCACUGUGUUCUCUUCAGGGUAAUGUCAUGAAUGCUAAAACCAGGUUAUAUAGACAACAGUGCAAUUAGCGCAACCAAUGACAUUAGUGAGGGGUGUGUCAUAAUUCAUUCAGUAAUUGAGUGAAACUGUUAAAGAACAUUGACUAUCCAGUAGCAGCUCACUUUGUUGAAGCUAAUCAACCAUUCUCCUCUCUCAAAUGCACAGACAUUGAGCAUGUUGCUCUACCAAGGAGAGGGGGUAACAUUGAGAUUCUACUACUACAAAGGGAGUCUUACUGGAUAUCCUCUCUAAAAACAUUGACCCCUAGGGGUCUGAAUAUUGACUUUGAUCUCAGGCCCAUUUUAUGAACAAUUCUCUCUAUUAUGAACAAGUCUUAUAAAUGGAUAUAUUCUUUCUACAGUUUAUCAGCGUACACCCAAUAUGUUCCCCCUGUUGAUGAUGCUUAUUAUGGUUGAACCAAAAGAUCACAUGUUGUUUAUGAAAUAGGAAACAAAUAUAUAUAUAUGUGAAAUUGAAUUGAACAAUGUAUGUUGGUGCUAAUAUAUACAAUAUUUAUGUUUCCAUAUGAUAAUAGCCUAAUAUAUUCAAUAUGCUAUCAUUUUUAUUUUUUAAUAGUUUCACUCAAUUAAUUCUAAUUAACUUAAUUAUGGCACACCCUUCACUAUUGUCAUUUGUUGCACUAAUUCCACUGUUUGUCUACAUUCAUGACAUUACCCUGAAGAAGGCACAGUGAUGCUGAAACGUUGGUGAUUUACCCAAUAAAUGACAGGGAGUUUA